ACUACUACUACUACUACUACUACUUACUACUACCACUCCUCCGAGUCUAUUCACCUUCUUCUAUCACCAUGCAAACCAAGUUCAUCACUUUGACUAUCUCUGCCGUCUUGGCCCUCUCUGCCAUGUCCGCCAACGCUCUUCCCGCCGGCAACACCAACGACAACUCAAUCACUAAGCCUGACGACAAGGCCGUCCAGGCACAUACCCCUGCCAACAAGGACGUCGCUGGUACUCAGGCCCCAGGCACCGAGGCCGCCGACGUCGCUGGUACUCAGGCCGCCGACCCCGCAGGUUUGCUCGCUGAAGUUGUCGGUCUUGUCGGUGAUGUUGUUGUUCCCCUUGUCAAGGACCUGUUGGACGCCGUCGUUGACCUUCUGAACACAGUUGCUGGCGGCGCUGGCCAGGCCAACAAUGGUGAUGUCGUUAACCAAGCACUCCCAGCUGUCACCCAACUUCUCGUUUUGCAGCCCGGUGCUGCUACCAAUGGUCAGCAGCCCACUGGAGAGCCCCAAUGUCCUCCCCAGGGUGCUGAUGCGCAAACCACUGUCCUUGUGUUUGUACAGAACAUUGUGGCCGGUUUCGGUGGUCAGGAUGCUGCCAACAACAAUCCUGCCGGUGUGCUUGCUGCAGUUCAAGUCUUGGUUGGCCAAGUCACCACUGCUGUCUAAGUUAACCAAAGAACAGUUGCUCUCUCUCUCUCUCUCUCUCACUCUUCUUUCCCUUUAAAUUGAUCUAUCCUUUGUUAAAAACUCUUCUGU